CCCCUUCUCCUUCUUCUUCUCGCAGGUCCGACCGCUUUAAAUCCUCCCACUGACGCGCACGUUUCCAUUAUACGCGACUAAAACACCAACCCAUCGCACAGUUACACUGUUCUGAUGGGGAUUUAUCACGCGACAGAAGGAUUGUAACGUUAGGAGAGGCGUGUUAUUUUGGCCUGGAUCGGGAUCGGAUAGCCUCUCCUCAGGAUCGGACAAGCUACAAGUCUUUGGAAAAAAAUAACAACACGGGCUGUACAUUGGUGCACACACUGGAUUCAGCAUCCUUGAGACUACAAAAAUUGUCCUAUUUUGUCAUUACUAAAUUUGAACAACAUUGGAGGAGGAGGAGGGGGUGAAAAAUUGGACCUCCCAGCUACUCUCAUCCAAUGUCCCAGAGACAGUAUGACUGCUGUCCAGGCACUCAACUGCUGAGUGGAAACCUCUGAAAAGGCCAUCCUACUUUCUCUUGCCCAGACAUGAAGGAGGUGAGGCUGUGGACAGCGAGUGAUGUCUCUGAUUGGCUGACUGAUGAAGGCAUGCAGGAGUACAUGGAUGCAUUGAGGAAUGUGGACGGCCCAGCCCUCUUGAGACUCUCUGAGGAAGACUUUAAGGCCUCGCCUUUGUCCCUGGUCACGGGGGACAGUGGUCGACAACUUUUGGAGCGUAUAGAGACUUUGCGCUUCACCAGCCAAAUGAAGGCGCAUAAGAACAACAACCAUGAAAACAGUAACCAAGCCAAUGGUCACAGUGGCAUCACCCUUAGUGUUAGCAACGGCAAGAUCCUCAACGGCAGUCCAAAGAAUGGCUUGCACUCGAAGGUGGUUCGCAUCUUGAUUCCGUCGCUGCCUGAGCAGGAGCGCACGCCGUAUCCCACUGAGUGGUUCAAAACAGGUGUGGCCUUCCUUUACGCUCUGUUCUGCUUCCUCACGACAACAGUCGUGAUCUCAGUGGUGCACGAACGUGUCCCACCCAAGGAAGAGUCUCCGCCCCUGCCAGAUAAAUUCUUUGAUCUGUUCAAUCGUGUGGAGUGGGCGUUUUCCAUCUGUGAGAUCAACGGCAUGCUGCUCGUGGGACUGUGGUUUACACAGUGGCUUCUGCUUAAACACAGGUCCAUAAUCGGUCGCCGGUUCUUUUUUAUUGUGGGGACUCUGUAUUUGUACAGAUGCGUGACCAUGUACGUUACAACAUUACCUGUGCCAGGCAUGCACUUCAAGUGCUCCCCCAAGCUCUUCGGUGACUGGGAGGCACAGUCACGGCGGGUAAUGAAAAUGAUGGCCGGUGGCGGCCUGUCAAUCACCGGCUCUCACUCUUUGUGUGGAGAUUACUUAUACAGUGGACACACAGUGAUGCUGACUCUAACAUACCUCUUUAUUAAAGAGUAUUCUCCACGGAGGUUCUGGUGGUAUCACUGGAUCUGCUGGUGCCUGAGUGCGGUCGGCAUCUUCUGCAUCCUCUUGGCUCAUGACCAUUACACCAUUGAUGUGGUUUUGGCCUACUUCAUGACCACACGCCUCUUCUGGUGGUACCAUACAAUGGCCAAUCAGCAGGCUCUAAAGGAAAUUUCCACUGGCAACCUAUUCUCUCGUGUGUGGUGGUUCAGCCCAUUCCAGUACUUCGAGAGUAACGUCCGUGGCAUUGUGCCUCGAAACUACCAGCUGCCGUUCUUGUUGCAAACAAUGACGAGUGCCCGGGUUAAGUACAGUAAGCUGGACUCCCGUGAGUCAUGACCCGUGACUCCUGAUCGGCUGGAGCUCUGUGAGACUCUAAAAGAGAAACUGCUCUUCCCAUCAUCCCCUGCAAAAUUGGUUGAGCACUGUGACGCAUAUACACUAAUCAUUUUGUAGUAUCUGAAGCAUUUCAAUGUCCGUAGCAGGUAUGUACUGUAUAUGCAGAGCAAAGCAUCUAACAACUGGAUUUGAUUUGCUGCUCUUUAUAAAGGUUAAAAAUGCCCAGGCCUUUGUCUGAUUGAGCACUAAGCCUUUUCGCUGUCUCCUCGAAGGACUUGGUCUGGCACAAUAGGUCAUGUAUGGUUCAUUUACCUGCCAAAACCAUAUUUAAUAAACUGGAACCCUUAUAGAUACAGAUUUUCUUUUUAAAAAGCAUCGUUUUGUAAUGAUUUUGUUAAUUCCGGAGUAAGAGUUUUUCUAAAUAUUUCACACGAUUAUUUUCCAACAAAGGUGUCAUCCAAAUAGAGUAUCUUUUAUAGAUUUGUACCUUCCUGACAGCUGGAACCUCUACAGCUUCAGUGUUUUAUAGUGCCUUUCUUCCAUACACAAAUAUAUAUUUCAUCAUACAGUACGUACACAUGUAAUAUACAGUACACACACAUCAAUACAUCCACACUGUACAUGCUUUAAACAUUUACAUAAUGUGUUAACCCGCAAUGUUGUCUAUCUGAUUGUCUAAAUGUUUUGUUUAGCCUGUGAUCUUUAACAGAGGCCGUAUGUUUUAGUAGAAGCUUUGAAUGUGGGAGCUCAGUUCUGCCUUUUACAUUGCAGCAAACGUUCAAAUCAAACCCGGAGCACACACACACUUCCUAGUGUUUUAAAUUGGAUAAUUAUGUUCAAUUAUUCUCAACUGGAGAUUUACCUUUUCUUUUCAGUAGGGACUAGUUUUGUAGUUUUUUUGAUCAGAAUAUAGUGUUAUUUUGACAAAACAAUACUCAUAUUUUUUGUAAAGACAAAAGGGCUGUUCAUACAGGAAGUGUUUUUGCUUGCAAAAAAGAUAUAUGUAGUGGAAUAAGAUGAAAUGUUUAAUAGGUUUUUGACAUAAAAAGCAGUGAUUGUGGUCAAAGAUGUCUGUUAAGUGUGUUUACAUAGCAAAACAACUAAAAGAAGGUGCAGAAGUAUACCAGAGCACAUCUUGUGUGAAUGACCUCGGCAUUUGUGUUGGCAACUAAUUUAAUGCACCAACGGUUUAAAAGUGAGUUUAGCUCAGUCUCUUACUGCAAAAUUAUUUUCCUAGAGAAUAAAAGCUAGGCUUUGGACACCAUCUUGAUAUUAUGGAAAGUCAGCUUGUAUUCUUUGACAGAAAAGAUUUACUCAUACAGACAGAAUGUUGUUUACAAUAUCACACAUGAAACUAAUGAUAUAAGUGUGUAUAGAUCAGGUAAUCUGUACAUUAAAGAACAUAUGUUCUUGUUGUAUAAUGUACAACAUUACAUGUACAUCUAUUAAAGUAAUGAUCCCUAUAUGUGUAGAUUUAAACUAAAUAUGUUAGGUAAAAGAAGGUAUUUGAGAGCUUCUUCUUUAAUGUGAAGUGUGUCUGCUCAAAAUGUGCUUUCACUAGCCAAAGGGAAUCAUAAAGUCUUGCUAAAUAGCCAGAAGUGUUGUGAAUGUUCUGGAGCAAGAACCAAAUAGAAACUGGUGGUAUUUGUGACAGGUAGACUGAAUUAUGAGGGGAGACAGGCCUGUAAAACGACUGAACGAGUCUCUGAAGUGUGAAUGUACAAUCAGUGACUAAAUCAGAAGCACUUUAAAACGAUGCCCAGCCACACGCUUCUCUGACACGCUGCAUUUCAGCGACCUGCACUCUAAUAAACCUGCAGGGUAGAAACACUAUUUUAUUAUUCCCCCAAGCUACAGCGUGAUUGAUGAUAGUUUUACGAUUUGUCUUUCAUAUGAAACUGAGAGUGGAAUCAGACCUGUGAAUGUGCAACACUAUGUACCACUUAGUGUGGAUAUGAAUGACUGCAAUAUGCCACAAGGGUUUCUUUUUUCUUCUUCUUCUUUUUUUAUGGAAAAGUCAUGAAAACCAGUUUUGGGUUAUAAAAGGUUUUAAAUUCUAAAUAAUAAAUUGUUUGUUUAUUUAAUUGGGAAAUCCAGAUUGUUAAGCUGUUAAUUUAGCUUUGUGUUACACUGCCAGCUGAUUGACUUGAUAAAUGCACAGAGUGUUGGUUUAUGAUAUGAUGACUAUAAAUGUUGUUUUUUUGUUGUUUCGUUUCAUUUUCAUGUUUUAAUCAUAAAUCCAUCAGUCACAUUACUUUGUUGUCUAAUGUUAACCAGGUUAUUUGUGCUAAACAAUCUCUUAAUAUGAGACGAGGAGUGGGUAAGAUAUUGAAUAAAAAUGUUUAAUAUUCUA